GAAUAUUUUAUCGUUUCUCAUAAUUUUAAAAUCUACUUUCACUUUCUGAAAUUUUAUGUUGUACUUUCACUUUGAUCUGAAAGGCUCGGGCCUAAUUUUACAGAACUGGAAUGUCUUACUGUACAUUCAGAGAAAAGCAUUACCAAAGACAGAUCUGCCUUAAAAUAAACGAAGCUCGUGAAGCCAGGAAGUAUUGUGAUGUUAUUCUGCAGUCUGGCGUAGUAAAGGUCACCGCACAUAAACUAAUUCUGACAUCUUUUUCUGAUUUUUUUGAGACACUGUUUCAAGAUCAUUCAUCACAGGAACUUUUCAUAAUAGAUGAUAUUUCUUCUGAAAUACUAGAAACUAUCGUACAUUUUGCGUACAGUGGGGAAAUAAAAAUAACAGAGAACAAUGCAAUGGAUUUAUAUGAAGCUGCCGUUCUUCUGAAAGUAGAUGGCAUGAAAAAGGCAACGGUAAAUUUCAUGAAAAGGCAUGUGCAUGUUGAUUUUGACAACCUUGUAAAAGUUUCAACCUUAACAUGCACUUUGGGUUUACUGCAACAACAGAAAGCAGUGUGCUCAUUUAUUACGAAGAAUUUUGAAGAUGUUAAAAAGAAAGGACUUUUCGAUUCCCUUUCCGUAGAUCAGUUGAAAACAUUGCUGUCAAAUGAAAAUUUAUCGGUUUUGAUAUUUGAUAUUCCGGCCGAAAACGUAGAACUGGAGUUGCUGAAGGUUGUACUAGAAUAUAUCUCAAACAAAGCUGAUGAUCAGAUCGAAAAACUUAACGUAGAUUCUCUUUUAUGGUCUAUCAAAUUUACGGAAAUUCCGUUUCACGACGUAGUUGAAACAUUAGAAAAUUACACUACAGUAUAUGAUAGUGAUGCUAUCAGAACUGUUCUACUUUAUAUACAGUACCCGAGAAAUCAAUCGAUAGACCAACUUUUGCCAAAGAAGUGGUCCGAGGUCAGGAAAUUUUCAGGAUACUGGAGAAAUAUGGAAUACCAUUAUGAUUAUCAUGGACAUAAUUGGACAAGGGAUUUUGAAUUUGUGGAUGAUCGUGCUUCGGAAAUCAGAAUUUUUGUCUCGAGAUGUCUUUGCAGUACAUUGGACAAAAAAAAAGCUAGAACAAGGAUCAAUAAAAUUAUAGUAACUUGCAGAAGUGGUAAAGAUCUGAGCGUCACACACGAAGACAGCAAGGGAAAGACAUGCAGCAAGAAAUGUUCUGAUAUAGAAUUAUCAGAAGAGAGAUUUAUAUUACAACGGAAUGAAGUUAUUAUUAAAGUUGAGAGCUUUUACAAUACAACAGAAAUGGGUCUGAGAUUUACUUCUAAUUUUGGCAACAUAUUCGGCCCGUAUGGCUCGGGUUUUGCCGACGAUACAGCUGGGAUAAAAAUCAAUAAACCUGGAAGUAAGCGCGGAUAUUUUUACUCUUUCUGUGGAACUGUAUUGACAAAAACGAAUUACCCCAAUUGUCUGUGGGUAGGAGUAAAAAUGUGUAGUCGGUCACCAUCACCAGAGGAAUAUCAUGACAGAGAUGAACACGACAGUUGGAGUAAUGAUAGUUAUGAAGAUCAUAGUUACAGUGACCAUGAUAGUAUAGACAAAUAUAUAAAUCUGGAAGAAGAGUUUUAUGAUUCCCCAGGGUACUACCAAGAAAGUGAUUAAAAUUCUAAUAGCACCAAUCCAACGUUAACUUAUCAUAUCUUAGGACAGAACGCGGUAGAUUUUUAAAGGCACAUGACAUUAAUUUUGUCUGUGUUUCCGAAAAUUUCUACAACAUAUAUAUGUUUCAUAUCGAACACAAGAGCAUAU